CUCCAGAACUUCUACCUUAUAUAGGUAUCAAUUUGAUCUGAAUCGCUCUUCGCCUGGUGAUCGCCAAUCGCCUUUGAUCAUGGUCUAUCUCCCUCACCUCCUCGCCUCCGCUUUCUCCGCUCUCGCACACCCGGCCGCCGAUGACCCCAUCUUGCAAUGCUUCACUUACCACCCCGAAAACCACCGUCACCUGAUCCUUGGUUCCUCAAAUGAAGCGCUUCGCUUGGCAACAGAGAAGCUCCACGCUUUCCCCUUCAAAGAUGUCGAGACCUGCUGGCGACGACUCUACACGGACGCGAGCAUCGCCAAAGCCUGUCUGCAGGUGGUCGAUGGCUGCGGGGUUCCACGCGACGGCAUCACACGGUGGUCCUCGAUGGUGGAGCCCUUUUUCUCUCGCCUGAUCCUUUAUCUGAGCCAAGCUGUUCCCCCAGAGACCGAAGAGGGGGAAACAAACGGAAUCUCAUGGAAGAUCAACCCCAAUGCACCAUGGCUCUCGCCCACCAUUCACCUCCUUGACAUGGCCUCGAUCAUGGCCGGAGCCCCCUGGCGCGAAUCUCUCAUUGAGGACUUGCUUGAUGCGCUGCAGGCUGCGACAGUGAGGGCGCCUUUGCAUUCGGAUCCUGAGCAGCUCACGCGCGACGACUCCGAUUGCGCCCGCUCCACAAAGCGUAGAAAGCUAUCUCCAACCCUGUUUCCGCAAGACGCGAUCCCCGCACCGGAGCUCCAGUACCCCAUCCCGCGUGUCUCGGCCCCCACAUUUGACGCCAUGGAACACCAUAUCCAUGAAAUUAGAACCCCCAUCGUUAUCACCGAUGCCGUCGACCACUGGCCGGCCUUGUCUGAUCGCCCCUGGACGUCCAGGGACUACUGGUUUGAGAAAACAUUUGGUGGUCGCCGGCUGGUUCCUGUUGAAAUCGGUCGGUCUUACACAGACAAUGACUGGGGCCAGCGUAUCAUGGAGUUUAGAGAGUUUGUUGACCGCUACGUCUGGCAGGGAGCUUCGGGCGCGGGGCCCUUUCAAUCGAGACCUGGCAAUGAUAACAACCAGGAGAGCAGUUCGAGCGAAGGCGAAGAGCCAGUGACCGGAUACAUGGCGCAGCAUAACCUGCUGGGACAGAUCCCCGCCCUGCGGAAGGAUAUCUGCGUUCCAGAUGCCUGUUACAUUGACCCGCCUGCCCCGGAGCCUGGGACCCCCGUGGACCUGAAAAAGCGCCAGGAAAGAGAAGAGAAAGCGGAACAGGAGCGGCGCGGCAGAACACGUAGUGACUCUGACACGGCAUCGCACCCCCAAGACCAACGCGACCGCGCGAAAUCCUCUUCUCCCUCGUGCACGGGUGACCCGAUUCUGAACACAUGGAUCGGACCUGCAUGGACCAUCUCCCCUCUGCACCACGACCCAUACCACAACAUUCUCGUUCAGGUAGUCGGCGCGAAGUACAUCAGGCUCUACUCCCCCAAAACCCCCGCCUGGCGGAUCCAUCCCAAGGGGAUGGAGCCCGUCGGUGAUCCCAACGAAAUAGUAGACGAGAGAGGCCCCCUCAACGAUGCAGAAAAAUCAUCAGAAGAAGCGACAGAAAGCCAGUCCAGCUCCUCAAACCACAGCUCCAGGCUCAUCGACAUGUCGAACACCUCGCAGGUCGAUCUAGCAGCCAUUGAGCUCUCCCCGGCCGAAACAGAGCACUGGGACGAGAUGUGGCCGGGCUUUUUGGGCGCGGAGUACGUGGAGACCGUGUUGAAGGAGGGCGAGUGUCUUUAUAUUCCUGUGGGGUGGUGGCAUUAUGUGAGGGCCUUGAAGGCGGGUGUGAGUGUUAGUUUUUGGUGGUGAUAUCUUUCCUUCUUUUUCUUUUUUUGCCCUUGUAUCUUGUUAUUGGGUGUGAGGUGGAUUCAUGCUGCUGGUUAUAG